UGUUGUGACAGUUGUGAGUUGUGACUAAAAAUAGUGUAGUGACAAUAUUAUUAUUUAUCUAUGGUGUGAAGAUGGUGUGAAUUGUGAGUAAACAUAACAUAAACAUUUUACCAAAUUUUACUUUACUCCUACUCCUAAGUCCUAUGCAGGACGCUAUUUAUUAAAAACUGGAAACAUAAACUAACUUAUAAUACAGUUUAAUAUUUUGUAAAUAACCUCGGAUUCUUAAAAUGUCUAAAUCCGAAACAAUACCAACCUUAACAGUAGAUAUCGCUAAAGACAUUUUGAACAAAACUCUAGAAGAAUUGCAAAUUCCAGAAAAUGUUCAGAAAUUGGACGAGGCUAGAGACAAUGUUGGCAACGAAAUGUUAAAAAUGAUGCAAUUUUUAUUUCCGAUUGUAAUGCAGAUCCAAAUGGAAAUAAUAAAACAGUUUGGAUAUCCAGAUGGAAGGGAAGGUAUCAUCAAAUUUUCCCAAAUGUUGAGGGCUCUAGAACGAGAAGAUUCAGAAAUAGCCAGGUUGAAUGGUUUAGUUAAGUCGUAUUAUCUUCCUCCUGUGACUGUUCAUACAACCAAUGAAUCGCCAGCAGAAGAAAGAGUUAGCAGUAGUUAGAUAGGUAUAGACAAUUUUAUUUAUACAAUUUUAUGUUAUAAAACAAUUAGGUAUUAUAUUUGGUCGUACAUAUUGCACCCCAACUAAAAAAAUUAAAAAUCUGUUUUUUUGACCUAACACGUUCCUUUAGGUGUUGCCUUCAUUGUGGAAUACUGUCAUUGUCAUAUAAUUUAGUUAUCUUAGAAGCCACAAAGUGCGCUUAUGUCGUUAUUACUAUUUACAGUUUUGGCUCUUACAGCAUUAUGUCAAUAAUUAAAAAUAAAAUAAAUAAAUAAAUAAAAUAAAAUAAUUAAAAAUAAAUACUAGCCUUAGCGAGAGCACUCACCAAUGUGGCAAUGAAAUGACGUGCAAGUGGUUUGGUGCCCAGUAGCAGGUAGAAUUGCUAAACCUGUAUAAACAUAAUAAUAUGUAAUACCUUUCGAUAUGUGCAACUACAUAUGAAGAGUACAGAAAAAAAACAAGGAAUGUCAUUUUUCAUGAAUUUUGGCUUUUCUCGCCAUGUGGUAGCAAAAAAUGAGUACUAUCGACUAGCUUAUCGAUGCAGGACAAUAAUCAGAAAGAUCCGUCUAUAUAAACUUUCUAAAAAUUUAUAUCCAGAUGAAGGACCAGGACUGUCCGCACGCCACUGAUCAAAAAUAAGGAUGUCAGAAAUUUUUUGGUGCAUUAUUAAAUUAAUAAGUUAAUAUAGAUUAAUCAUAUAUCAAGAUUGUAGAAUAAGAAUUGCUAGAAUUCUGCUAAGAAUCUCCUAAGUAGUUUUUAGGUAUCAUAUAAUUAAAUUAAAUCAUCUUAGUCAGGUGGACUUCUUGCUGGACUCCUUGGAGAAGGGGUAUCAAGUGGAUACGAUAUACACUGACUUCUCCAAGGCGUUCGACAGGGUGCCACACAAUAUUUUGUUGCAUAAGUUAAAACUGAUUGGGAUUGAUGAGCCUUUAUUGUCAUGGUUCCAAAGCUACGUAUCUGAUCGUAGACUGAUUGUUAAAAUUGGCACUUUUCUUUCUAAAAUUAUCCAAGUUCCAUCAGGAGUGCCUCAAGGCUCUCACCUCUCACUCUUGUUUAAUAUUUUCAUAAACGACAUAAAUGAAUGCUUCGCAAUCAGUUUAUUUUUGCUCUUUGCUGAUGAUCUAAAAUUAAGCUGUGUGAUUAAAUCCCCAGAGGAUUGUGAAAAACUACAGUACGAUUUAAAUAACUUGUGUAAAACGAGUGGUGUAAAAGAAAUGACAUGGAACUUAAUCCAACUAAAUGUAAAACUAUGACUUUUCCCGUUCCAGAAAUGCUAUUGUUUUUGACUACAAUAUUGGUCACUAUACUUUCGAAAGACCUUUUUAAAGACUUGGGGGUCACCCUUGAUACAAACUUGCAGCUUUCUCAUCAUCUGGAGAAUGUUGUUAAUAAGGCUUUCCAGAUGCUUGGUUUUAUCAGAAGAUGCACCCAGGACUUCACAAAUAUUACAGCUUUAAAAACCCUCUACUGUGCCUUGGUCCGUCCCCAUCUUGAGUAUGCCUCCUGUGUAUGGUCUCCUUUUUAUGGAGUGCAUACUAAUGCUCUUUAGUUAGUUGAACAUAAAUUUUUAAAGCAAAUUGCAUAUAGACUUAAUAUCUUGGACAACUACAAUGAUGCAGAUAUUCUUAAUAUCCUAAAUAUGGCACCAAUCACUGCUCGUCAUAAGAGAAGGGAUCUCAUCACUUUCCACAACAUCCUACAUGGAAAAACUGGAACUCAGAGCUUCUUCAAAAAAUUAAUAUUCAUGUCCCACUAAGAACAACCAGGGCUACAGUUAGUUUCCAUUACCCAAUCCACCGUACUAACUAUGGUCUUAACAACUUCCUAACUAGAACUGCCAGACUAGCAAAUUAGCACCUUAACAUUGACCUUUUUCAAACUUAUAGCAAGUUCCUGAGUCAGGUUUUAGUAAACAUUAACUAAGACUUAUUGUGCUGUAAAAAAAAUAAUAAUAAUUAUAAACUCAAAAGUGACUUGUCUGCUUAUGUCUGCCGACCACACUAAUUAAUGUCCUUGGGUAUGAUUAUUUGUGUAAUUUGUAUUGUAACAUAUUUAUAUUGAUAAUUUGUAUUUUUUGUUCUCUUUAUUGUAUGUAAUUUAUAUUUUAAUCUAUUGUUUUUUUCUGUAAAUGGUUAUAACCGUAUAUAAAUAAAAUAAACAAAAUAAAAUAAAUAAAUAAACCUUUACUGGCGUUUAUCUCAAUAUGUAUAAAAUGUGACAUUCCUUGUUUUUCCCCUGUACUCUUCAUAUGUUAAUACAGGUUUAGCAAUUCUACCUGGCACUAGAACACCACACCACUUGCACGUCAUUUGGUUGCCACGUUGGUGAGCACUCUCGUUUAGAUAGCUACACACAUAAUCAAAAUGAGUGCAGAAUUUGGUUAACUUAGAUAAGGAAAUUACAGAGAAAAGAAAAUGAAGAAUUCAUAUUAUAACAUCUUGUUUUUGCUCUCCUGAAAAGAUUGCGAUUUCAGGGUUAUGACACUAAUGAAGUUGGGGUGCGAAAUAUGGUAACUAGGGUUUGGAUAAUUAUGCAUUUCUGGUGCUCUUUAUUUAGCUCAUCAAGGUGUUAUAGUUUAAGGUCUGAAAUUCUAUAAACAAGGGAUCUAACUUUUAUGAUCCAUUGUUUAGGUAAUUUCACACAUCACGUAAUAGCACUCCGCUGAGCUGAAUAUUAACACCUGGGUCUUUUGAUGAGUUGAUGGCUUGGAGGAAGGUCAUUUUGUGUCUUUUACAUUGUGUGACUUUUCCAGAACUUUUUGACUUUGUUUUGCAUUAAUUACUGUUGGAAAAAAUGCAUAAAUAGGCCUACUAUUAGGGAAACCACACUCAAUUUAUUUGCAUCAUAGUUAACAAAUAGAAAACAACAGGCAGUUUUUCUUAAUAAAAGCUGUUCUGAUUUUAUUGCUGUCAAAUGUGGGGUUCCGUAAGGUUUAAUACUAGGAGGAUCCACUUUGUUUCUUAUAUUUUUCUGAAUGAUUUAUUUUACUAUAUUAUCUUUCCCAUAAAAUGUGUAUGCUUUGUUGACGAGACAACUCUUAUUAGGUAAUACUUAUAUUAAUCAACAUAACUUAAAAAUUAAAGUAGAUAGUUAAAGUACUCAGAAAGCAAAAAACUAGUUUUUGCAAAAUGGGCUGAGAAGACAAAAUCAGAAUUUUAUUUUUAGUUCCUAAAAGAAUAAACCUUUUUUAUUACUUUAAAACAGUGUUUCCCAAAGUGUGGGUCGCGACCCCCUGGGGGGUCGCAAUGAGGUACUAGGGGGGUCGCCGGAAAUUUCCAAAAUAAGACAAAAACACUACUUUGUUAAAUCAUGUAUUUUUAUUUUAAUAAAGCCGUAAAUAAAAAUUAACAAUUAAUUAUCAAACGAAACAAAAAACUAAAUAUUAAAAGUCCUUAAAAAGUCCUUAAAAGUAAAAGAAAAAAAUAAAGUCAAAUAUUACAAUGUUAAUGAGACCCAUGCGCCUGUUUUUUUGAAACUAGUCUUUCAAAUCUAGGCUGUGUAUUUGAGACACACACAAGUAUAUCGUUUUCAAGUACGAGACGAUUUCUCACUUUUGUUUUAAUGGCAGUCAUAGACGAGAAACUUAACUCACAUAAAUAUGAUGUUACAAAUGGAACCAAACAUUUUACAGCUUCAUUCGCCAACUGAGGGUACUCCUGCAUCUUUUUGGUCCAAAAUUCGUCCGGGUUCUGGGAAAAAAAUUGGAGCUUCAACAUUCCAUCACUUGAUAUUUCAAUAAGUUGUUCUUUCAUGUUUAUUGGUAUUUCAGCAUGUUGAAAGGAAUCGGCUAAAAACGGAUUCAGUAUCCAUCUGCAACUGUCGUAACUGUUUUGAAUUUCUUCGGGGAAACAAUCACAGAGCCGUUGUUUUAAAUUAAGCAAAGUAACUUGCAUGCCUGCAUAAACUUGUUCAAAAUUUGUAGCACUGUAACAUACAUUUUCUAUAAUUUCCUGAACGCACUGGAAUGAAUCGAGCUGCUUUUUGCCAAGUGAAGUUGACCAUAAAUCGAUUUUUCUUAUAAACCCCUUAAUUUUAUCUGUGGCUGUAAUUAUAUUAAUAUCGCGACCUUGCAAAUUACUGUUCAAAAUAUUUAAUUGUUCGAAUAUAUCAGCAAGGAAACCUAGUUUCAAAAGCCAAAUAGGAUCGGAAAAUUGAUUUUCAUAUGGGGACUUCUCAUCUUUCAAAUACAUUAAAAGCUCUGCUCUUAAGUCAAAUACUCUUUUUAAGACGUUGCCCCUUGAAAGCCACCUUACUUCGGUGUGAUAAAGAAGAUUUUGAAAUAUAGCACCCAUGUCUUCGCAGAUUUUUCGAAAAAUACGGGUCUGUAAAGCUUUUCCUUUAAUGGAAUUUACAACUUUAAUGAUGGAUUUCAUAACACAGUCCAUUUCAGGAGUUGACGCCAGAGCUUCUCGAUGUAAAAAACAAUGUCUCCAUGUGGCAUUAGGCAUUAUUUCUUGUAAUCUGACGACAAGACCAGAUUGAUGUCCUGUCAUAGCUUCAGCGUCAUCUGUGCAUAUAGCAAUAAAUUUUCCCCAGUCAAUAACAUAUUUACUUGUGCGUUUCACAAAACUGUCGAAUAAACAUUUUCCAGUGGUAUUGGUCUCCAAUGGGGAACAAAAUAAAAUAUCUUCUUGAAUGCCAUUAUUUGUAUCAUAUCUUACAAACGUAAUAAAUUGGGCACAGUUAGAUAUAUCCGUGGAUUCGUCCAUUUGAAGAGAGAAGUACGUGCAUUUAUUAAGAUUUUCCACAACUUGCGCUUGAAUAUCUUCUGCCAUAUCACUAAUUCUUCUUUGGAUAGUAUUAUUUGACAGAGGUAUUGUUUUUAACUUUGCAGACUCUUUUUCACCAAUCAUUAUAUGUACCAUUUCAACAGCUGCUGGCAAAAUCAGAUUUUCAGCAAUUGUGUGCGGAUUACUAGUUUUGGCAACGCGAUAAGCAACUUUAUAACUUGCUAAUAAUGCUUUUUCGUUAGUAGUGGUUGCCAAUUGAAAAGUAUCUUGCUGUUUGUGAAGUACGUUCAGCUUUCUUUCAAAGAAUUCUACGGGUUUGUCUUUUUUUGCUAUUUGUUUAUCUGGAUGUUUGCUAUUUAAAUGUCGAAGUAACUUUGAUGGCUUCAUGCUUUCGUUUGACAAUACUUCUCCACAAAUAACACAUUGUGGUUUAUUGGAAAUAAUGGUAAAACCGUAUUUAAGAUAUUCAUCACUGUAAAGUCUGUUUUUCUUUUUAUUACUGCCACUUUCAGACGUAGAUGGUUCUGCACUUCUUUUUAAAAACUUAUCCAUAAUUUGUAAUUUAUCGUAGACGUAAAUACGUAAACGGGAAUACGUACGUCGCAAAAUAUUUACUCAUUACUUAAUACCGCUGCAUUCGCCACAACGUGCUGUUUCGAACUGAGGUCUCAUUGCACAUCGCCGCUUAUAUAAAGCCAAAACGAGGCUACGAGAACGUUCCAGAGUGCCAUCUAGUAGCGAAGUAAGGAGUAGAGCCUUCGCGAAUAUCAUGGAAAAGUAUUGCGAUGUAGACACAAAGAUGUCGCGGUGUACAAUGUGCAGUCGACUUUUUAUUAUUUAUUUUUAUUGUAAAUGCUAGUCUGGCAGAAGUACUACUAGUGUACUAGUGGGACAGAUCGCAAUUAUUAAAAUAAUUGUUGAAUUUUUUAAAUGUAUUUAGUUUGAAUUUAAACAGUAAAGUAAAAUAAAAUUUGAGAAACCAUCAGUUGUAAAUUAGGCACGCUAUUUUGGUUUGGGUGAUGAGUAGGGGGUCGUGAACAAUUUUUUUAACAAAAAGGGGUCGCGCUUUAGAUAAGUUUGGGAAACACUGCUUUAAAAGGUUGUAAUGAGUUUUCCCCAAUAAGCGCUUUAUUUUUUGGUUAUUUCACGUUGAAAUAUUAGAUUUGGAAUUUGACCAGUAUAACCUAUUUUUCAUUAGAUACAACUUUAUUUCUACUGGGUCUAAUAGAUACCUCAUACAUACACCAUUUUUUUCACUUUUUUAUAAUCUAUAUUUUUGAUAUGAAUGUUUUUCUGAUAAAUUAUUUACUUUUUGAGUUAUUUGCGAAAAACAGUCUAAAACAUGGUUUUUUAUUAAAAAAUGAACAUAUUCACUCGCAAAUAACUCGAAAAGUAUUAACUUUACUUAGUGAGAAAACGCUAUAGAACAAAAGUUGCUUAGAAUUAGUCAGUUUAUCCAUUUCCGGACUUUUUGAACGUAUAUUUUUUCUCCACCGAGAAGAGGUGAAACACCCCAGGGCAAAAGCACACAUGCAUCGGCACACUAUCACUUUUUUUCUUUGACGUGUUAGCUAUGAUGUGUAUGGCACAUUUCAUGUCAAUCCAAGCGGUUCUUUAAAAUCUAGAGGUUUUGCAAUAUUUUACCGUUAGAGAAUAUACUAAAAACAAAACCAAUUUUGCAUAUUGACCAAAUAAAUUAGUAGUAGUAGGUAGUAUGCAUGCAUAAUUAUCUGAACCCUAGUAUUAUUAUUAUCGUGUAUAUUCAUUUCUAUUAUGUACUACCUGAAAAAGACAUUAAUUAAAAGUUUGUAUUUGUUUUUAA